GAAAAUUAGAGAGUUAAUAUAUUAUUUCAUUUUAAUAUUCAAUUGUAAAUAAAGAUGUUAUUUCAUUUUCAUUUUAUUAUACUAAUAGUCAAGUUGAACUAUAUCUCAAUUCUUGAACAAGGCCUCCACGAUUUUUUGUUGUUGAAUACCACGAUUUAUUUGCUGACCCUGGAACAUAACUUUUUUUUUAUAGGGAAAAAUGCAUUUAUUAAUUAAGCAAGAUAAGCAGAGUUUUCAAUAGCAUCCUCUCUAAGGAGAGGUACAAGUAUCUGAGGUGGGCUAGUAACCCAAACCUCUUCACUAUCCCAACUGCAAUCCAGAUGGGCCAUCGCAUGGGCCGGUCUAUUGCCAUUGCGGCCCACAAAGCUCCAGCGAACUUCACGAAACAUCUGGGCUUUGAUCCAGAUCUCUUCACACAUCAGCCCGAUUUAUGUUUCCCUUCUCUCUUCCUUUUCAGCUGUUGAACAACAUCCAGACAUUCAGAUUCCACUUCCAUUUCCCCAAUUCCCCUUCGUCUCGCCAUUUCCAAGCCGAAAUCCACCGCCAUCACCACUGCCUCCUCCGCGUUCCACUGUAUCCGCGAUCUUUUCACCGCUCCGAAAAGAAAAUUACCAACCCCAUCCCCGGCCACCAUCCCCAUCUCGUUCCUUGGCCGUCGAAAACCGCAGCAUCGACAUUAUUCUUCACGGACCCAGUCAUCGGAGGUUUCCAUUUCUGCUCCGCCGUCCGCACCACUGGUUCGGACUUCAUCUACUUCGCCAGGUAAUCCUGCAGCCAGUCACUAGCUCGAGGUAGUAUCUCCCAUUCCUCUAAUUUCUUCUUGUUCCACAGGUGACAGUUCCGCUGAUCCUAGAUGUACUAGAGGCCCACCAGAAAGGAUCCGAUCUGGUCGUCCGAUUCUGUCUCCUGCAACUCACAAAACCAUUCCUCCGAGGUAAGGUUUUCUCCUCUGUCUAUGAAUGAGCCUAUUGUGCUAUAUCGCCAAACCCUUCGAACCCAAGCGCAUUCCCGAAAGAUGUGUUCUUGGGUUUCCACUAGCCCGCAAAAGGGGCAGUCAUCACUUCCCUGUUGAGUACUUUUUAGGAUUCGAGACUUUGUAGGGAUGAUGUUGGGCAGCCAUCGCCAAGUGAAAACCUUCACUUUCGGAUCUGUAGUUUCCAGACAUUCUUCGAGUUUACUGGCGAGUAAAGCUCGCCCUCCUGCUCCAUAUUCCUUUCUUCCCACAAUCUUUAGGCAGACUUCACUGAGUACUCCCCCGUUUUUUCUUUUCCCUAGAUCCUCUUAUCCUUAGCAGGUUGUCUAGGGAUUGGGAUCUUAAGAAUGUUAGAACAGUCUGUGGGAUUAAAAUUGUUUGAAUGAGGUCCAAUUUUCAGCUUUUGCUUUCUGUAUCAAUCAAUUCUGCCACUGAAGUCGACUGUUCCCAAAUGACUGUAGGGGAAGUCACUUUAUGAGUGGUGCUUGAGGGUAUCCACUUAUCAAUCCAUAUAUCUAUUUUCUCCCCAUUUCCAACUCUCCACCUUGCUCCUUUUUCACUAAAUCCUUAGCCUCCAUCAGACCUCGCCAUACCCAACUGGGAUUACUACCCAUUUCAGCCUCCAGGGGAUCACCUCCCUCAAAGUAUUUGGCCUUCAUUACCCGAGCCACAAGUGAAUCAGGAAAUUGGACUAGCCUCCAUAAUUGUUUGCCCAACAGGGCAAGAUUGAAGCUCCUUAGGUCUUUAAAUCCCAACCCCCUUGUUUUUUUGGUCUGCAGAGCUCCUUCCAACUUAGCCAAUGGGUUCUGCUUUCUUCUUGCUGCUGUCCCCACCAAAAUUGAGCCAUUGCACUUUUUGCUUCCUUUAGAAUACUGGUAGGAAGUUGAAACACUUACAUUGCAUAUGUCAAUUGAGCUUGGGCUACUGAUUUGAUCAGUACCUCUUUCCCUGCCACCGAAAGGAGUUUCUCCUUCCAUGUUUUCACCUUAGCUCUGACUCUAUCGACUAAAUAGCCAAAAGCUUGUUUCUUCGACCUUCCUAUGAGGGUAGGAAGCCCCAAGUAUUUUUGAUGUUGAUCAACCACUCUCAUACUUAACCUUCUCGCCAACUCUUCACGUAGUUCUAUUCUGACCUUGGGGCUGGAGGAUAGUUCUAACUUAAGAAGAUUCACUUGUUGUCCUGAUUCCCCUUCAUAUAACCGAGAAUGGAUUUCAGCUUUUCUCCUUGAGACUUUGUAGCCCUAGUAAAAAGUAUACUAUCAUCCGCAAAUAGUAGAUGAGUAAUCUGGGGCACAUUCCUUCUCACUCUAAUUCCUUCAAUUUGCCCUUCCUGUUCAGCUUUGGAGAUCAAAGCCGAGAUUCCUUCUACCACAAAUAGGAAUAGAUAUGGAGAGAUUGGAUCUCCCUACCUUAGACCCCCACUGGGAAAGAAAGUUUCAGUUUGGUGGCCAUUCACCAACGUAGAAAAGGAUACCGAUUUGACGCACCACAUAAUCAUUUGUACCCAUCUGUUAUCAAAUCCUAGUUUUAGAAUUAUGGCUUCGAGAUAGUCCCACUCCACCCUAUCAUAGGCUUUGGUGAUAUCCAGCUUAGCAGCCAUAAAACCUUUUUUACUUGACUUCUUCUCCUUCAUUGUGUGAAAGCACUCGAAGGCUAUCAUCACGUUAUCUGUUAUCAACCUUCCUGGUAUAAAUGCGCUCUGAUUUG